AUGAUUGGUUCCCAAAAACAGGUGAUUAAUUCCACUGGCCGCCCUACUCCCACUGCUCUCAUUUUGUCUGGCCUCAAGGCAGACUUUAAAAAAUUGCACAAUGUUUUGUCCUGUUCACGUUGCCAGACUACAGGCAAAAUUGUUUCCAAUGGGUCUACUUCUCGUACUGGUAGCCCACAGUUUAAAUGCAAAUGUGGUGCAACAUUUACUGCUUCAUCCAUGCAAUCUUUGAUCAAUGCAGUCCAACACAAAAUUCCUGAAGUUCGUUCUGCAAGUGAGCCUGUUGUGUCCCCUUCUGUUUCCAUCUUGGGUCAUAGUAUUUCCAUGGCAGAUAUCCAUGAAAUUGAAUCUGACGUUGCACCUGUUUUUCCAACUGUAAUGCCCACUCUUCAGGAUAUUUGGGACCGUUUCCAGGUUUAUGAUGAACGUCUUUCUGCAUUGGAGGCUGUUCAAAAAGAGAACAUUGAGUUGCGUAAGGCUCUUGCUACUGCAAACACCACUAUUGCACGUUUGACAAAGGAGAAUAUUGAUUUUUCUGUUGGUGCUGCAGCAUCCAAAUAUGCUACUAUUGCUGCCUCUGUUCCAGUUGUUUCUCAGGCUGAUUUUCCAUCACUUCCUGCAUCCCAGACCCAUCAUUCCACUGAACCCACCAAGACUUUCGUUUCUAAAACACCACGUAAAAGGGCUCCAACUGCUAGGGCCAUUGCUGCUGUUGUUCGUGGCAUGACAAUUAAAGAAAAUGCUGAUCAGGGGUUUCAAAUUGUUUAUGUACCUAAUGCUAUCCGUCUCCCCAUUAGUACUCAACGUCAACGUCUUAGGAAAUUAAAGAUAGACAAUGCACGUGUGCUGGAUCUCCACUAUCCUGAUCGUAAGGUGAUGGGAAUGCUUGUACAUAAUGAGUAUGCUCCUGAGCUCAAGACUAUCUUGGCAAGUUAUGGUGUUACUACUUUGGAUAACUUUGAUCCUCUGGACCCUGUUCACCUCCGUGACCCAGCUCUGGCCUCUCUUUCACUUGAUGAUAGGGCAACAAAAGCUAUACAUGUUCACAAUGAUCGUAUGCUACGUGCCAUUGAAUUCAUUAGGGCUCCUGUCAAGUUUGCUGUUGCACGUUCCUUUUGCUCUCAGGGAUGGAUUAGUGAUGACCAACUAGCUGAGAUGACCAUACCUACGAUCCUUUCAUAUGCUCCACUUACUUCCCUUCUUUUUAUCACUGAAACGUGGCUUUUGUCCCCCCAUCGUUAUCCUACUUCUUGGCAGCAGUACCAUACCUAUGGUCAGUCUGUCCCCAAUGCUAGCCGUGGCUGCAUGGGUAUUUCUCUUCUUGUAAAUCCUUCUUUCCCUUACCCCAUUUCUAUUGUUCCUUCUUCUUCUCCUUAUGUUCUUUCUUGUAUUGUAUUUGAUUUUCUUAUUCAUUGCAUUUAUCUUCCCCCUUCUCUUUCUGAUGACGAUGCAAUUUCUAUUCUUUAUGACCUCCCCCUCUCUUCUUCUUCUAUUCCUUCUUCUAACACUAUUUUUUGUGGUGAUUUUAAUUCACGUAUGGGAUCCUUUCUUGGUGACCAUGCUAUCACUUCGCGAGGAACUUCUUUUCUUCAGUGGAUCCAGGCAACUGGUCUCACUUGUUGGAAUGAAUUACUUGCAUUUGGUAUUCCUACCUUUCUUUCUGGUGGCUCUGGUACCUCACGUUCCAGUGUCAUUGAUUUAUUUCUUUCUACAUCCCCCCUUCUCAAUCCUUCUAUGCAAAUUCGUUCUGAUCUUUCUUUAGGCUCUGAUCACAAAAUGGUCAACCUCACUUUCACUCCCUAUGUUUCACCUCCCCCUCCCCCUACUAAUCAUCCGCGCCUACUUUGGAAUCUUUCCAAGCUUGCUCAGCCUGACACUCUCAAGAUCUACAUUGAUACAGCUUCUGGGUCAUUGGACAAUCUGACAGAGCAGUUCAGUGCUUUCCUUUCUUCUUCUUCUCCUCCUCCUGUAGAUUCUCUGUGCUCUGCUUUUGCUCAAGCUAUCUAUGAUGCUCUGGACACUGCUGUUGGUCGUCGUACACCACGUACCAUGCAAAAGUACUGGUUCUGGUCAGUGGACCUUCAAGAAGCAAUGGAUCUGAGAGAACGCAGCUACCAACGCUGGCGUCAUUCUAGUGGUUUGCAGAAGGCUAUAUGCUGGAUGCGCCAUCAGGAUGCAUGUCAUGCUGUUAGGUUAUCAGUCCAGCGUCGUCGACGUGAAACAUGGAAAGAAUUCUGCAACAAAUUGGCAACACAAGACUUUGCAAAGACCACAGCAACAAUGAAACGUAUUAAAAGCCAUCGUCAAACCAGUCCUGUCUUUGUGGAUCCGGGUGGACCUCAAGUAGCUGCUAACAAAAUGGCUGAUCAUCUUCAACAGAUUUUCUCAGGUCAAUUUCUUCCUGCACGCCGCCCUCCAGACCAGACAGUGAUGAUUUCAUCACCAAUUGCAAUUGAUGAAUCGUGUCCUUUUACUCAUCUUUCUGUAGAGAGUGCAAUUCUCAAGCUUCCUACACGCAAGGCUCCUGGUGUUGACCAUCUUCGUGCUGAAAUGCUUCACCCAAUUGUUAAGCAAGUCUCUCCUGUUCUUUGUCUUUUGUUCCAGCUUUGUUGGCAAUGGGCAAAGGGGACUAUUGAUCCAUCUCUUCUCAUCUCUCGUAAUUGUGUCUCUGCUAUCAACAGCAUGCGUGCUCUUCAAUCACUUGGUGUCAAUCACACUGGGUUGUCACGUCUACUCUCAAUUCGUUUGUACCGCCAGUUUAUUCGUCCACAAUUUGAGUAUGGCCUGGCAAUAUCCUGCUUCAACAUCAAACAAGUUGCUGUGCUUGAAAAGGCCCAGAACACAUGCUUACGCAUGAUUUUUGGAGGUCACUCCACAUCUUCUACAUCUGUUUUCCGUCACCUUGGGAAUCUUCCUAGCAUGAGGGAGAGGAUCUUGACUCUUGGUUUCAAGUUUGUAUAUCGUGCUUUCUGGUUGCCUGAUGAGGCUCUGUUUACUCUUCUUCGACCUGUUCUUACAAACCCAGCACACCAAUGGUUUAAGCUUUUAGCUAAUCCCAUUUGGUUGUCUCUCUCCAAUCGUCAGAAUGCUGAUUCUAAAGCUUGCAAGCAUGCCAUUCGUUCAUUUUUGAACCAGGGCCUCUCCUUGCAACGCUCUCAACAAAUACUUCUCUCUGCUUGCCGUCCUUCUCUUGGUGUUGACCCUAUUCUCUGGCUUCCCAUGACUAACUAUGAACGUAGUAGAUUCAUACGUUGGCGUAUGGGGUGGCUUCCUGGACGUCCUCAACCUUGUUCCUGUGGAUUGCAUACCACCAGCCGUCAUCAUGUCAUUGAGUGCACUGGAGCUGCAAUUCGUCUCCAUCUCUAUUCUACAGUACAACCCAAUCCAAUUGAUUAUGUACUCAAUAUGCUGCCUCUGAAGACACCUAAAAACAACAAGAACAAUGCCUUCUGGAUCUUUACUUGGCCAAUUCUUUGUAGAAUAAUGUUGGACAUAGAACAGAUCUGUCUCCCUGGGGUUGAUCUUGCUGAUCAUGCUGCAACAGACAGAGGACAACUCUUCUUGAACUGGCUACCCAAAUGA